GCCCUCCUGUAUGGCUGCCUCAUUUCUCCUCUCCCUCCCAGAGCCCAGCUGCUGUCAUUUUGUGCCCUGCCGAGGAGGCAGGAACUGCACUGACAGCAGGAGUGAGAGGCAGGACAGAGUCGUGGGGCACAGAGAGGGAUGGAGAGGGAGAUGCCAAGACCAGGUGACCAUGAGUCCCAGAGAGAGGGCUGAGAAGCAGGGUGAGGGGUGGUGAGAGCCUGGAGGAGAGGUGGGCAAAACCAAGGAGCAGACAGAGAAGGCUUGUGGGUCACAGAGCCACUCAGCCAUGCUGGGAGCAAAGCGACACUGGCCACCAGGUCCCUCACUCAGCCCCAGGCUGACCUUGGCCUUGACACUUCUGGCCCUGAGGACCGGGUGGGCCCAGGAGGGGACAGAGCCAGUCCUCCUGGAAGGUGAGUGCCUGGUGGUCUGUGAGCCCAGCCGAGCUGCUGCAGGGGGGCCAGGGGGAGCAGCCCUGGGAGAGGCGCCCCCUGGAAGAGUUGCAUUUGCUGCAGUCCGAAGCCACCACCACGAGCCAGCAGGGGAGAUCGGCAAUGGCACCAGUGGAGCCAUAUACUUCGACCAGGUCCUGGUGAACGAGGGCGGUGGCUUUGACCGGGCCUCAGGCUCCUUCGUGGCCCCUGUCCGGGGCGUCUACAGCUUCCGGUUCCAUGUGGUGAAGGUGUACAACCGCCAGACUGUCCAGGUGAGCCUGAUGCUGAACACAUGGCCUGUCAUCUCGGCCUUUGCCAACGACCCAGACGUGACCCGGGAGGCAGCCACCAGCUCUGUGCUACUGCCCCUGGACCCCGGGGACCGGGUAUCUCUGCGUCUGCGUCGAGGGAAUCUGCUGGGUGGCUGGAAAUAUUCAAGCUUCUCUGGCUUCCUCAUUUUCCCACUCUGAGGACUCAAGCCUUUCAAGGACGGAAAUCUAGCCCCUGACCCCUGCCCUCUGCCCUCUCCUGCCCCAGAAGUAGCAUUUUUAGGGCAAGAGAGAGACUCCCUCUGGCUGCCUUUAUUCCACGUCCUUGCAUGGGACCCUGUGCCAAACGUCCAAGGUGAAGAGUAGAGCUCUGGUGUCUCGGGACCUGCCCCUCUUAACCUACCCCUCACAGUUGCCUCUCACUGCAUCUCUUUCUGCCUGCAGCCGUAGGAUCAGGGCAGGGUUUGGCAGGUAGGGAGGCCUGUGCUACUUUGCAGACUCUGCUCCUCCUAUCCCCCAACUCCAACCCAGCUUCCUGCUCAGUGCUAUUUGGGAACAGGUGGUACAGGUGAGCCUGACAGGCCCCUACAGGGGACCAGAUGGACCAGCCUCAGCAUACCCAGCAGGCUCCUUCCUGUGAGGAGUGCCAGCAUCACAGAUCUCGGCCAGCACAGUCAGAAGCUGAGCCAGCACUGUGUGGACUAGAGCAAGAGGGAGACUCAGCCAGUAGCAGAACUGUGGGGAGGGCCACAGAGCAGCCCAGAGCCUGUGGCUGUUGCGGCAGGAAGGGGGCAUGCACCCAGCCUGAACACAGUAUACAUUUUUCAUGUACAUCGGGGCAGCCAGCAGACGGUGAACUGGGCGUCUAUUUGUGGCAGAUCCCAGAUGGACUCUGGCCUUCAUCUCCCCACCCAAGACAUGGGUGUGUAUGUUUGCUUUGGCCGAGAGUGGGUAUACAAAGGUUCCUUUGGCAGCUGGAGGUGGAAGUAGGUCACAUGUGGGCAACUGUAGAUCUCCAGGCAUGGAACACAUCAAUGACCGUGGCCCCCUCCUAGAACUGCUCCACCUUUGUAGUAAGUUCAAUCACUUCAUGCUCUGACCACCACCUCCUUCCUCCCAGCUCUCUCAGGGACCUUCACUGUACCCGUCCCACACUAUCCCACAACCUCUCUUCUUUCUCCUGACUUGUGCUGUCUUAUCCUCCUCCUUAAAAUUCCUUGGAUUCCAUAAUUCAUCCUUUCAACCACUCUCCUGCCAGUAUUAUAAACUCUGUCUCACCUCUCUGUCCCAUUGGCCCAGCAUGGAUGAAUCUAUCAAUAAAGUAAUUAGAGAAUGAU